AGAUCUAAAUACAUCAAUUUGAUUGAACUACAUCAAGACGAAUAUCACAGUUUGCGCUUAAUGAACAACCGAAUAACAAAAAAGACAGUUGAGUAUGACCUCCGACGCAAUGUUGGGAACCUCUGCGAGUAGGUGACUAUCUACAUGGCUUCGAGGCUGCAGAUGCUGCUGAUGUUCGGAGUGACUAGCAGGGUGGCGGUAGCGAGCAACUCUGUAGCUGUUGCCCGACCGUGUGUUUGUGAGCCAGGGAAGAAAGUCUAGCAGGCAGAAGCGAAGAUGGCGGUAUCAGUGUUUCCCGGCGUGCGGUUACUUUCAAUCGGGGAUGCGAACGGAGAGAUCCAGCGACACUCCGAGCAACAGCCCCUGCGACUGGAGGUCAAAAGUACUCCGGACACAGCUCUCCUAAAUCUUUCCAAUAGCGACGAGACAUCAGUAUUUAAGUGUUCGUUGUCCAGGGAAACAGAAUGCAGUCGGGUUGGCAAGCAGUCCUUCAUCAUCACACUCGGCUGCAACAGUGUUCUGUUACAGUUUUCCACGCCUGCAGAGUUCAGUUCCUUCUAUAAUAUCCUGAAGAGUUGCCGAGGACACAAUGCAGAGCACUCAGUCUUCAGUGACAGGACAGAAGAGUCUUCGGCUGUACAGUACUUUCAGUUCUACGGCUACCUUUCCCAGCAACAGAACAUGAUGCAGGACUAUGUCCGGACUGGAACCUACCAACGGGCCAUUCUACAGAACCACGUUGACUUCAAAGAUAAGGUGGUGUUGGAUGUGGGUUGUGGAUCGGGGAUUUUGUCGUUCUUCGCAGCGCAGGCCGGUGCCAGGAAGGUGUACGCUGUGGAGGCCAGCACCAUGGCCCAACACGCUGAGGUACUGGUGAACUCCAAUGGUAUGGGUGACCGUGUGGAGGUGAUCGCAGGGAAGGUGGAGGAGAUCUCACUGCCUGAACAGGUGGACAUCAUCAUUUCUGAACCCAUGGGCUACAUGCUGUUCAACGAGAGGAUGCUGGAGAGCUACCUCCAUGCCAAGAAGUUCCUCAAGCCCAACGGUAAUAUGUUCCCCACGUUAGGCGACGUUCACCUGGCCCCUUUCACAGACGAACAGCUCUACAUGGAACAGUUCACCAAGGCCAACUUCUGGUACCAGCCUUCCUUCCAUGGGGUGGAUCUCUCCUCGUUGAGAGAAGCAGCAGUGGACGAGUAUUUCAGGCAACCCAUCGUGGACACCUUUGAUAUUCGCAUUCUUAUGGCCAAGUCUGUUAAAUACACUGUCAACUUCCUGGAUGCCAAGGAAACUGAUCUACACAGGAUAGAGAUUCCCUUUAAGUUCCACAUGAUGACGUCAGGGCUGGUCCAUGGACUAGCUUUCUGGUUCGACGUGGCUUUCAUCGGAUCUGCGGUGACGGUGUGGCUCUCCACGUCUCCCACGGAGCCCCUGACCCACUGGUACCAGGUCCGCUGCCUGCUCCAGUCACCGCUCUUCACCAAGGCAGGAGACACCCUGUCCGGAACCGCUACGCUCAUCGCCAACAAGAGACAGAGCUAUGACAUCAGCAUGGUAGCCCAGGUGGACCAGACAGGAAGCAAGUCAAGCAACCUGCUGGAUCUCAAGAACCCUUUCUUCAGGUACACCGGCAGCACGUCGGUCCCGCCCCCAGGGUCUCAUUACUCCUCCCCCUCUGAGAACAUGUGGAGCAAUGGAGGCUACAAUAUGAACCAGGGAGGGAUGCCGGCGGCGUACGACCUCAGCACGGUCAUUGGGGGCUCCUCCGUGUCUCACAACAACCUCAUCCCCCUGGUGAACACAGGGAUAGUGAACCAUGCAUCUUCUAUUGGCUCCAUCAUGAGUACUGGACUGAGCCAGGGAGCAGUGACUGGCCAGUCCGGGCCCAGCAACAGUCCUCACUACCCAAUCAACAACAGUCAGUUCACCAUGGGCGGGCCUUCCAUUUCCAUGGCGUCUCCCAUGGCGAUCCCUAACAACACCAUGCACUACGGGAGUUAAGGCCUUAUACCAUUCUCCCUCCCCCUCAUCUUUCCCCUCCCGACAAAUCUCUGACCCCCCCCCCCCCCCACUCCCCCUCCCCCGCACUUCCAAAAGCUGGAAGAAAACCAAAAUGGACUCAUCCCUCCAUUCUUUCCUCCUCCAUCUCAGGCCUUGUUAAAAAUCCAAACGUGAUAGCCUACCGUCUCCCUGUCCCCAUUCCCAGGCUGUUCUGAGACUGUUGUCCUGAGGUUUUGGGUGUCCUACUGUUUCCCGGUUAAAUUGCAGUUGUGCAGGUUGUGGUCAUUUGUCUGGACAAACGUUUUACACUAAAAGACGUCAGGAUCCACAGGCCCAGCAUCUGUUCAGGUCUUAUGUAACAAGCUCUUGACCUUUGGGUUUUAGAAACACAGUUACACACACACACACUCAUACACAACCUGCAGCAGGACUGAAAGGACUUUGAGCUUCUGUGAAGUUUGACACCCCCCCCCGCUAAAAAUUGCUUCUGAUGUAAAAUCCAGUCCCAUUAACAGGUUCAACAGAUUCAACUGACCAAUGGCUGUCUAGACAAUCAGCCGCCAGGAGUGAGGAAGAUCCCGGGUGUUAGCCAAUCGGCAUGUCAGAUUGGCUCUGUAGAGUUGGGUUUGUGGCAGCUCGAGACUAGACCAGAGGCUCUGUGAGGGUAAAAUGUUGCUGAUAGAAAUGAAACGCUUCUAGGACUGUCAUGUAAAAGAAAAAGGGAAUUGUCACAUAACUUAAUAGGGGCCCUGUUGUGUGGACGAAGAUGUGUGUAUAGAGCUUAGGUUAUAUAUUAGGAAUUCUUUAACGUGUGUUUAGUGGGAACAUUAAGAGUCUUCAUGCACCUUAUUCCCUGUAUUACUGUACCAUUUUGGAGAAAAUCAUGUCAUUUGCAAUGCAGAACCGUUCCUACAGAUCUGGAAUGGACAUAUCUACGCCUGCCUAACUGUUAGACAGAGACUUUGGCAACAAGCAGGUUCUGUGUUUUGACGAUUGUAUCAAAGUACAGUAACAAAAUGCCCAGCCCUGGUAAGAUCUGAAACUGACAGAUGAACAGGAUGUCUGUGAAUCCUCCAAAUGUGUGUGUGGGGGGACAGGAGUUGUGAGCAAUGCCAUUAUUUGCACCAGUAUUAGAAUCAAAACUAAUCCUUAAAGUUUACUUUCCCUUCAGAGUGUGCCGUCUCGGGUAGAACUUCCUGCUGUCCCAAAUGGCAUCCUAUUCCCUUCAUAGAGCUCUGCUUUUGACCACAUUAUGUAGGGUUCUGGUGGUACUUAGGGCACAGUUCUCCAGGGGGGAAGAGUGGGCACUCUCAGGCCAGUUAGGGUCAUGUUGCCACCAUCUGCUGAUAUUGAGCCAGUUUUAUAUUGUCCCCGGUAAUUGUUAGGGUUUUGGGGAGGAGAAACUGAUCUUAGAUCUUUUAGAAGUAAAUCCCGUAAGAAUCAUAGCAGCUAAUUAAGACUCAGACAGUCCGUUCUUACAUAUCUAUGUCAAAAUGUUAAUGUUUUUGUUUACUUUGCUUAUUUUCUUCAUUUUCCUGAAAGUUUAAACACAAUCUCCUGAAAGCAGCAUAUUAAACCCUGAUGGAAAACAUC